UUCCUGUUUCUAGCCGGACUUAUUUUGAACCCGCACUAGCCAUGGCCGCCUCCGGUAGCAAAUCAUGCCUCCAAUAUCUCUUCCAUCUGGCUCAUGACCAUCUGGAUUUUAGGUUACCGGAGAUUAAGGCUCUGCUGGCUCUCCGACUGAAACCAUUCCAUCCCUGCGGAAACUUUAAAGAGCAGUCUCCUUUCUGGUGCUUGGACUGCUUGUCGGAGGAAGAUGUUUGCACCGUGAUGGCCAGAUCUGUUUGUGCAAAGUCUGCAUUUGAGCUCUGGGGCCAUGGACGAACACACAGUGAACUCAGGACAUCCCUGUUAAACUACCCACCAGACAAAAUGAGUCCGUACAUGCAGAAAGGCUCUUCGUACAGAAUAAAUGUCUACACCUUCAAUAAAACAUUGUUGUUUGAGGACAGAAUUAAAAAGAUUGAUGCCAUGGAUUAUCUUCCCUUUGAAGGCAACGUGAGCCUGAAGAACCCUCAGCACAUCUUCUGUUUGUUGGAGGACUAUGGCACCGACCCCAACAACAUCCCUGAGUAUCCAAACUACAUCUACUUUGGCAGAUGGAUAGCAGACGGUCAGCGGGAACUGAUUCGCUCCUACAGCGUGAAGAACAGACAUUUCAUCGGGAACACCAGCAUGGACGCCGGCCUGUCGUUCAUCAUGGCCAACCACGCAAUGGCCAAAGACAGCGACCUUGUUUUUGACCCAUUUGUAGGCACAGGGAGCCUUUUGGUUGCGUGUUCUCAUUUUGGAGCGUACGUGUGUGGAACAGACAUCGAUUACAACACUAUUCACGGAAAAGGCCGGUCCAGUCGUAAAAACCAGAAAUGGAGAGGACCCGAUGAGAACAUCCGAGCCAACCUCCGGCAGUACGGAAAAGAGGACAUGUAUGUGGACGUGAUGGUGUCUGACGCGUCCAAGCCGGUGUGGAGGAACGCAGCUCUGUUUGACGCCAUCAUCACUGACCCUCCAUACGGGAUUAGAGAGUCAACCAGAAGGACUGGCUCCCAUAAGGACACCAUUAAAUCCCCUGAUGGGCUAUACGCAGAGUCCCACGUACCUGUCUCACAGGCGUACCACCUGAGUGACAUCUUUACAGAUCUGUUAAGCUUCUCCGCCCACCAUCUUGUCUUGGGUGGGAGGCUUGUCUAUUGGCUGCCUGUACACAGGCCAGAGUACUGCGAGGAGAUGGUUCCUCUUCAUCCUUGCCUUCUUCUCAUCAGUAACUGCGAGCAGACGCUCUCCAGCCACACGUCACGGCGGCUAAUCACCAUGGAAAAAAUUAAGGAGCCAGAGAGAAAAACAACAUUACCACCUGUCAUAGACCUCUUUGACCUUUUUUAUACAGGAACUGGACAGCCUGGCUCAUCUUUCAGACCCCCGCUUCAUCCCCUACCAGGGACACAACGCCUUCAGAGAGAGGUAUUUCAGUGGACUAAACAAAAGGUCUGGCAGGGACGACACGAAAUCAGACGUCAGUGGAAAGUGAAGACACAAAGGCCCUACUAAUAGCAAGGAAUCUUUUUUUGAGUUUUUCCACACAAAAAAAAGGCUUUUAAAUUUUGGCUAUCUUUGAUCUUAAUAAUGUUGCUAUUAUUUGUACUACUUUGCUAAUAAAAGGACAAACAAAUGUCAAAAAAGUGACAAAAAGUAUCUACGUUUUUUAAUAUAAUGACUAGCUUAUAAUUAUAAAAUCAAGAUCUUAGAAUUGAAUUCUAAGAUCUUGCAAAUGAUCUAACAUAAAUAAAUACAGUAUCUCUUAUCUGUUUAGAGAUGUACAGGGAAAAUGUACGUUCACUCGGUGACCAGUCAAGCAGAAACUCAGAAAUGGGAUCUUCUUUCAAUAUGUUCACUAACCAUAUCGCGGAGUUCCCAGAUUGUGAUAAGAACAACGCUCUUCAUUCUGGAUGCUACUACUUAGGUGAUUAAGAAGUUGGAAGAAGUACUGAGAUAUAAGAUGUUAAUCGAAAGGAAACAAACGUUUUCUAUGUCUUGUUGCUACAAGUCCGGUACAUUCAGGCUGUGUGGGAGCGAGAGAGAGCAGGACUUUAAACAAACAACAGGAAGACUGAAAUAAAAGUUGCUGUUUCUCUGUCUUAUCUUUUAGAGAUUUCAACCUUUGGGAGUCAUUGAACAGGCUGGGUUUGGAAAUGUUGGCAGCUUUUUGGAAAUCUCAUAGUUAAGCCUUUGUGCUCUCGAGUUAGUUCACCCAGGGAUCGCUUUUUUAAGUAAAGCAAGACACACUAAUGCUAAGCUAUAAGUGAGAACUCCCCCAUAUAAGGAGGAGUUCAUAGGCUGCCCAACGCCCUAUUACUCUCGGCACGGCGACUGGGCAGGCCUUCGACUCCAUUACCCCGUCUGUCUGUCUGUUUAUCGGGUGGGCCUCUGCCUUUCCGCUACGCUUCCUUCUCCCGGCUUCAUAGGGAGAGUUCAAAGCGCCAUCACAUGAUACGCAGCUCCCCAUCAUUUGUGGUGAACACUGCUUAUAGUUCCCACAGCAGCCUUUUGUUGUCCGUCAUCAUCAUCAUCAUGUAAAAUCAAAUGUUACAUAAAAAAAAGCCUCCUUUGCCCUUCUUAUACGUCCUGUCAUUGUAGAUUUCAUGUUGAAGAAAGUCGUCCUGUCACUGUGGUUGAGCGGCGCUGUGUUUGUGCCGCCGCCACAUUAGUGAUAAAACGAGUCCUUGAGCGCGCUCAGUCUCCAAUGAUGCAGACCAUAAUUAGGGCGAGGGGAUGUGUGGAGGAAGGCGGGGUCCUCUCCACACACCACGUAAUGCUGUCCAGACGUUGAGGAAAUUCUGUUUGUGAAUGUGUUUAUACUCGUGUAAGAGCUGGUUUUGUUUUAUACUGGACACUAGCUGCAGUAAAGCAGUUUCUUGAUGUCUUUCAGUGAUAAUCCAGAAGCUUGAAGCCAAAAUUGUUCAUAAUAGUCACACCUUAACCAUUUGUUUAGUUGAUAAGCACUGUUAUCGGCUUAGUUAUUUUCUUUUCCUAUUUAUAUAGUGAUCAUAGUGGGCAAAAAUUCUGUUGUAGAAGUGACAAUAGUUGGGCAUAAAGCUCAUUAAAUAUGUUUUAGAAUAAAAUAUGAACUUUUUAAGUUUU